AUUCAUAAUCAGUUUAGAACUGACUUCCUCUCCAGCAAUAUCAAAGAACACAAUUCAAAAUGUUCAGAACCAGUUUCUAUUUGGCACUUUUUGCACUUGUUGCAUCAACGUUGGCCUUGCCAGCCGAAGAGUACAACUAUGACCUCGAACCCGAUUACCAAUUUUAUCGACUUAGACGUUCCGUAGAACAGGACAUCCCAGCUGAAGAAAAUGAAUACGUUCCAGCUGAAAUGUUGUAUGAACUCCACCGAGAAAGACGUUCACUGCAACCUGGAGCUCCGAACAUCCCAGGACCUUCGAAACAAGACGGAGGAUGGUCGGUGAAUCCCAGCGUUUCAAGAGAUGACCGUGGAAACACCCAAACGAAUGUUGAAGUUGGUCAUAAGGGAAAGAAUCACGAUUUUAAUGCUGGGUGGGGGAAAGUUGUCAGAGGACCUGGAAAAGCGAAACCUACUUGGCAUGUGGGUGGAACCUACAGGUGGUGAAGAAGGAAAUUAAACACAACACAUUAUUUGUUCCAUUAUUAUUAUCAUUAUUUAUUAAAUAAAAUGUACACACUUAUCUUUUUUUACAAAUUUUUUGGGUCCUUAAGUUUAUCCAAAAAUUUGAUCAAAUGUCUAAUUUUUCACUUCCAAUAUUGUUUCAAGGUAAUUUGUUUUAACUUAUUGAGAAUAAACAUAGUUCUUUACUUCUAAAUAAAUUAUUGUUUUUCUUCCCUUAUUGCGAGUAGAAACAAUAUCUAGGACCUGGAAAAGCGAAACUUGGCAUGUGGAUGGAACUUACAGGUGUUGAAGAAGGAAAUUAAAUAUGAUAUAAUAUUUGUUUCAUUAUCAUUAUUUAUUAAAUAAAAUGUACACACGUAUCUUUUAUUA